GAUUCGACGGUUUCUCGCCUUGAUUCAGGCUGCUUCUUAUCUCGAAUAGCUACAACUUUAUCAUGAACAUCUCAGACGACUCCGAGUUUGAUACUGGGUCAGAUACUGGCCAUGCUUUCCCCUUGCGCAGAGAUGUUUCUGUAGACCAGAUGGAUCCAGCUAUUCGUGAGGCCAUGGUAUCGCCAGCUACCAACACACAUGCUGAUAAUGAAAUUCUACCAAGAGUAGCUGAUAUGCAUCGUCAGGGAAGAGGGCUUCGAUCACAGUCGUUGGUGGCUCGGGAAGAGCAGAUAAGGCUCUUGUGCAGUCCAGUCCCAUAUGGCACUAGAAAACUGUGUCGAAUUGUACGGAAAAGGGAUGGGUUAGCAGGUGGAAGCCAUACUUACGAAGUCUUUGUAGAGGAGCACAACACUGUCAUACCAGUUCUCUUUGCCAAGAAGAUGCGUAGUCAAACCUCGUGUUAUAUCAUCACACUUCCCAGUGAAGGUGAUCGAGGUGUCAGAAAUAAGUCUAUUGCCCGAGUCAGAUCCAAUUUUUUAGGAACUGGCUUUACAGUAUCCAGUAGUAUCCAGCCAUCAACCAACUCUGAUAACAUGGCCGAAGGACGCCGUGAAUUAGCUGCUGUGGUGUAUGAACCUAAUUUUCUGGGUCAUCGCGGUCCUAGGAGAAUGACAAUCAUUAGCCCGCCUUUGUUGCCUGAAGGAACGUUGGCUGAAAUCAGACCCCUCGAGGAAAAAGAAACACUGUUGGAGCGACAUAAAGCCAUGAGUGAUCGCGAUCUUGUGGUGAUGUAUAACAAAUCUCCAAAAUGGAGUGAUGAUUUUAAUCAGCGUGUAACCAUUGCAUCUGUCAAAAACUUUCAGAUUGUUCAUGAUCACGACCUAGAGUACAUUGUGAUUCAGUUUGGCAAAGUUUCAGACGAUACAUUCACAAUGGAUGUUCAGUAUCCAUUCUCCCUUGUAGCAGCAUUUGGUGUAGUGCUUACAAGGUUUGGAUCGUUUGUUGAAAUGGUGACUGCAGUCUAA